UGCACCGACCACAUGCAAACUGCAAACAUUGCCCCGAGCGCGCUGGGGUCAGGGGUGCAACAAACCCCGGCUGCGAUGCACGCGUGUGCUCGAGGCAGCGCCCCAGGUGUGUGCAGCACGUCACGGGGCAGCGGGGCUCGCAGCACCAGAGGGGAUUUGUGCUAUUUUUACCGACCACUUGCGAGCCGGCUGCGGGUUAACACUCCCCCUCCGCCGCCUGGCCCCGCAGUGCUCGGCUCUGCGGACACCAGGCACCAGCUCCCAGGAGACCAGCCCAACGCCGCGAUGCCGGAGCCCAGGGAGAGAAAAUCCAAGAUCACAGCCUCACGCAAGCUCUUGUUGAAGAGCUUGAUGCUGGCAAAAGCGAAGGAGGAGUGGGAGCAGGAGAUCGUGGACAAACAGUCGGAGAAGGAGCGAUACCUGUCCGAGCGCAUCACCCCGCUGCACACCAGCGGGCUCUCCUUGAGCCAGCUCCAGGACCUGUGCCGGGAGCUGCACGAGAAGGUUGAGAUUGUGGAUGAAGAGAGAUAUGACAUCGAAGCAAAGUGCAACCAUAACACUAGGGAGAUUAAAGACCUGAAGCUCAAGGUGCUUGACCUGCGAGGGAAGUUCAAGCGACCCCCGCUGCGGCGAGUCCGCGUCUCCGCCGACGCCAUGCUGAGGGCUCUGCUGGGCUCCAAGCACAAGGUGUCCAUGGACCUGAGAGCCAACCUGAAGUCUGUCAAGAAGGAGGACACGGAGAAGGAGCGCCCUGUGGAGGUGGGUGACUGGCGCAAGAACGUGGAGGCCAUGUCGGGGAUGGAGGGGCGGAAGAAGAUGUUCGAUGCUGCCAAGUCCCCCACGGGACAGUGAGAGGAGCACCAGGACAGAAGAACAUCCCCAACCCUUCUGGCUGCCCCCCCACUCCCCCAGCCUUGCUGCCCCUCUGUCCUCUUUGCACCCUUACCCUGAACCCCCCACUGAGAUGAACCAUGUGGAUAACUGUUCCACCAUCCCCUCCCAACUCUGCAGAGAUGGGACAGCCCUGUUCCCCCGUUCCCAAACCUCCAGCACAGCCCAAGAUGUGCCCAUGCGGCUGCAUGUGUAUUAAAGGAUGGUC